UCUCGGCUGGCUGAAAAUUUCAAUAUGGCAACUGUCGUAAUCUCUGGAUGAGUUUGUGUGUCGCAAAAUGUUUUGAAAUUUCCUUUACGUAAUCGCGGACAACCGGUCGACGUAUCGUGCAUAGACCUGACGUCAGGUGCGGGUUGGCCAGACGCCGCGCCGCUGCUAAGCAGAGAAGAAAAAAAAAAAAAAGCAACUUCCCACGUAGGAUAGUUAGAUUAGAUUGUAAGUAUUAGGAGAAACGGAGUCGGAGAACCCGCGGCAUUCGGCGGGCUUUGAGGGAAUCGACUAUGGGGAAACAAAACAGCAAACUGAAGCCUGAAGUGCUGGAAGACCUCAAACAGAACACCGAAUUCUCGGAUGCCGAGAUUCAAGAAUGGUACAAGGGCUUCUUGAAGGACUGUCCAAGCGGACAUCUCAGCGUCGAGGAGUUCAAAAAAAUUUAUGGCAAUUUCUUUCCUUACGGGGACGCGUCAAAGUUUGCAGAGCACGUAUUUAGGACGUUUGACGCAAACGGCGACGGGACGAUCGACUUCCGGGAGUUCCUCUGCGCCCUCAGCGUAACGUCCCGGGGCAAGCUGGAACAGAAACUGAAGUGGGCCUUCAGCAUGUACGACCUUGACGGGAACGGAUACAUCUCGCGGCAGGAGAUGCUCGAAAUAGUGACGGCGAUCUACAAGAUGGUCGGCACCGUGAUGAAGAUGCCGGAGGACGAGUCGACGCCCGAGAAAAGAACCGACAAGAUAUUCCGGCAGAUGGACAAGAACAAAGACGGGAAACUCUCCUUAGAGGAAUUUAUAGAGGGCGCGAAGAGCGACCCGUCCAUAGUACGGCUGUUGCAGUGCGAUCCGCAGGCCCAGUGAGGCCUCGGGACCCGAGACCAUGCUGCGGCGCCCGGCCCAAACAGAUCCGGCGGCCCCGACAAGUUAGAACUGACUUUCUACCUCCUCCGCUUCCGGCAUUCCUUCACGCUUCCCUUUACUCCUGCAGUUCUAUAACCUUACUUGUAUACAUGAUUACGAAGAAAUCGCACCACUUCCGUUUAUACGAAAGUCGUUCAAUCGAUAACGCGCAGUCGAAUGUACGUACAUGUAACGUAUAUACGUAUUCGUUAUUACGAUUAUCGAAAUCCUGCCUAAACGUCUUCUCCUCUGUAGUCUAUACCCAAUACACACAGGCAGACUCACACCCGUACUAAGACGAACACAGAGUCGCGUAGAAUACGAUUGUAAUUCAACUUGUUGGGAAAAAACGCGGCGCGAGUUUUGGGCCGGACCCGGUCGUCCGGGGGGACUCCUGGGCCCACGGCGCUUGCACUGACCGCUAGCUAGAUGGUUGAACUAGUCCAGUCGCUCUGUCUCGCUCUGAAUAGAGAAUAAGGAAUGAAUGCAAAUGGAGGGUUGGUAGAACGAAGAAAAAUAAUAACGGUGGGUCAAGGAAACGAGAGGAAGGAAUGAUGCGAAACGUCAGUCGGCCACACGGUUCGGCGGACUUUCAAGUCCGGGCGGAGAUAACGAGAUGCCGAAUCUUCCCCGGUAGUUUAUUAUUCUGGCCAACGUCCCGCGUGGCCCGGUGCCUGAAUCCAGCCUCCCGGAAAACGGGAUGCGCGAGAUGAUGAUCGUCCUAGUAUCUAAAAGGACCCGCGACGCUUUUGCGAUUUUUCGGCUGGCAUACAUAUAGCGUAUAUAAUCGUUAUUGUAUAAUGUAAAAUUAGCCAAUGUCUCGCAGGAGCAUCGCGCGGCAAAUAUUAUACCUUUGCGGUGAUCGAAUAAAUUUAUACGUACAAUAUAAUUAUAUAGAAAGAAUUUUGACAGACAAAUCGGGGGGUAGUCGUGUUCAUCGUCGAGCCUCGUUCGCUCCCUGAAUUUGUAAAUGCUUUAGGGGAGGUAAAAGUGAGGCGGAGAUGUUAAAAAGAAUAGCAACACGUUGGGAAGAAUAUCAGCUGAAAGUGUAGCUCGUCUUUUUCAUUUAGCUAUUUUCCCUUCCGUUCCGGUCUUUUUAUCCCUUUAUACAUACAGAUAUGCACUUCGGUGGCAGCAUUUUUAUACGCCGCGAAGUUCACGCUCGUUUGAAAGAAACGCGCGGAAAGUGAAAAAAGAUCAAGUUUAUUUUUAUCAUUUCGACGCACAGAGAAAAAAAUUAAGUGAUAAGGUAAGAAAAUUCAUGUUCAUUUUUUUCGUUCUCGAAUCAAACUUUCAAAGGCAGAAAAACACAUACAAUUAAGGCUGCCACUGGUUUGUCUAGUUUGCAGGAUUUGAAAAAAAAAAAAUUUAUUCGUGGUAAACCGUGUUAUACAUAUAAAUACACUUGUACGAUUAGCAGCUCCUGCAAUGGAGAUAUUAUACACAGGUGUAUCUAUACUGAAUAUGCAUAUAUCAACGUAUUACUUAAAAAUAUAGGAAUAAACCGUGAAACAUUUACGAAUCAAAAGAACCUUGUAAAAAAAUUUUGGUAUUUCAGGUGAGAGUACAUGUAUACGCAUUGAAGUGAAAUGAGAAAAUAGUAUAGAAUCGCGAAAAAAUCAAUUGUACGCAGGUUACCACGUCCGAGAGUAUUUUUUCUCCAUUUUUCCUCUACACUUAUUUAUCUUUUAGUUCUGUUUGUUCUGGAGUGAAGUGUGAUGCAGAAAAUAAAUUUACACACACACACAGACACACACACCCAUGUAUACAUUAUACAUACAUACAUAUAUGCAUAUAUAUAUAUACAUAUAUGUAUGUAUGUAUGUAUAAAAUUAAAGUAAAGUAUAGAAGUAACAUAAAUUAAAUUAAAUUAAAUUAAAUUAAAUUAUAAAUUAACUUAAACUAAGCCGUUGUCAUUUGCGUAGCGCUGAUUAUCAUAUAUUACUGUAAGAAAAAUAAUAAUUUUUGAAAAUGCGUUGCCAACAAAUUAAUGUGAAAAGUUAGUAAUAUAUCAUUGCUACUACUACUGCUACUACUACUACUAUUAUUAUUAUUGUUAUUUUUAUUUCUACCUUACAAGAAAUGACACAUUCUGCGUCAUUUUUUAUUUUAUUUUGUCAUACUUCGUCGUUCCUUAACAAUUUAUCGUUAUGAAAUAGUAACAGAUAUACAAUAUUAUAUACGUUAAUGAUAAUAAUUGAAUCCUUAUGAAUUAUUCUAUGAAAUGGUCAAGUCACGGCGCUGUGCCGGAAGAAACUGAUUUUGCAAUCAACGGCGAGGGGGCACAAUAACGCGUUCGUGAUUCCAGCGUUAAAUUUCGGGGCUACCAUCUUAGUGCUACAGCAACUCAUUAUUGUACACACUAUAUGUACUACAUCAAUUUUCCUCUACAGUACCUACAUCUUAACUAGACAUCUAUUAUAUUCAUAUACUGCUCAUUAAUUAAUAUUUAUAACAUAGUCUACUACAUGCAUAUAAUUCAAAAUUUUCCCCCAACUCUAACUUGGACAUAUUUCGUGAUGUUAAAUAUCUAAUAAAUUAUUAAAUUACCCAUAACAUUCGGAAAAGAAAAUUGAUAGAGAAAAGAAGAUAAAAAAAAAAAAAAUUGAAUUUAUAUGAAGCAAUUAAUACAUAAAUUACUAUAAUAAUACAAUUUAUGUAUGUAUGUAUUACAUACAUUUACCUACUAGCAUAAAAUGUGAUUGUUUUUUCCUCUACUAAAAUUGGUCUCUUUAAUAAUUACGAAUGCGUCUAAAAAAUUUAAUAAACUUCAAAAUAUUGAUAAAAAUGAACAUACAACAAUAUUCCCAAAAUACAUAUAUAACAAUAACAA